UAGAGCAUGUAUAUACGUACUACUGAGAAAAGAAAGAUACGAGAAGGUUUUUAGUCUCUGAUCAAAAGAGAUGACACAGUGACACUUGUUUAGUUACAAGACAAUCAAGAGAUGGCAGAAGGCUACCCCAACAACCAGCAACAAGCUGACAAGACAAUAAUAGGAUUUGAUUGUGAGUUUGUGGAACCUCCACCAGAACGAUACGUCCAGUCAGAGUGUCCAGUUUGUCUCCAGAUCAUUCGAGAGCCCCACCAGGUCACAUGCUGUGGAAAGAAGUUUUGUAAAGCUUGUAUUGAGCACAUUAAAGCAAUUCAAAAGGCGUGCCCAACUUGCAAUGAGAAAUUUUCAAGUUUUGCCGACAAAGCUUUGAAACAAUCGCUCUACAGUUUGAAAAUUCGCUGCAGCCACCAGAAAGACGGGUGUGAGUGGACGGGGGAACUGAGACAGCUUGAUGAGCACCUCAACACAGAUUCACAGCCAAAGAAACAGUUUGAAGGUUGUAAGUUUGUCGAGAUCGAUUGCAUCUAUAAUUGUGGGGACCAACGUCAGCGAAGGUACAUGGCAAUUCACCAAAUUAAGGAUUGCCUCAAACGUCCAUUCAGUUGUGAGCACUGCUGUGAUUACAAGUCUACUUAUGAUGAUGUCACCAACAACCACUGGCCUGUGUGUGGGUCCCUCCCUGUCCCCUGCCCUAACCAGUGUGGUUCAACUAUCCAACGUCAGAAUAUAGACAGCCAUGUUGCUGAUGAGUGCCCCCUGAUUACUAUCAACUGUGACUUCCACCACAUAGGCUGUGCUGUGAAACUUCCUCGACAAGAUAUGCCAGAACAUUUGAACAGUUCCCUCUCAGCACACAUGUCCCUACUAGCCACCAGUCACGCUAUGUUAAUGCUAGAAAAUAGAAGAUCAUCAGCUAAGCAACAAGCUGAAAUUGCUAGUUUAGUUGAAGAGAAUAAACAGCUUAGGGUGAAAAUCACUAAGUUGGAACCAAUGCUACAACUACUCAAGACAGCACCUCCCAUCGUGAACUCUACACCUCUUGCUCCACUGGAGCCCCCUGUCCUUACAAUGACCAACUUCCAACAGCACAAGAGAGAUGACAAUUGUUGGUUCUUUCCUCCAGUCUACACCCACCAUCAGGGCUACAAGAUCUGUCUUAAAGUGUACGCUAACGGAUACGGUACCGAUAAAGGAACACACGUCUCUGUGUCUGUGCACUUCAUGAGAGGAGAGUUUGAUGAUUCUCUGAAAUGGCCAUUUCGUGGUGUGAUUUCUAUUGAACUACUUGACCAGGUCAACGGAAAGGAUCAUAAAUCAUACACAAACACCUAUGAUGACAAAACACCUAACACGACCUGUGCCAGAGUGACAAAGGGAGAGAGAUCAGAGGGGCGUGGAUAUUCAAGGUUCAUUGCUCACACUAAACUGGAGCCCAAGUAUUUACGAAACGACACCCUUCUCUUCCAAAUACACAAAGUAGAACUGAAGUAGUUACUCUUGCAUGCAUGUAGAGUGAUAACUAAUUACACAAACAUAAUUAUUAUAAUAACGAGUGCUGCAAGCUGUGCUGUGCUAUAAUAUCUCUCGCCAUGUUUUGCUUUCGCUCAAAAGUAAUAUUAGAGGAGAUAAUUAUUUAGUUAAGUAUGUUGUUAUGCAAUUGAAUGAAUGGAAUGGAAAUAGAAGCCUAUCUGAUGGGUUGAUGAAUGAUCUUCAAGGAUAGAAACCAACUGUACAGAUCUACAAUGGAGAAGUUUAACAUUUCCUGUCAAUGAUAAUUAGCAAGAAAUAGUUGUGUAUCUACAUGGUAGCAUUGCAGUGUUUGGUGGCUUACCAGGACCUCAUG